AUGACUGCUGCCGAAAUUGGAGACAGCUGUGUGCGCAUCGUUGUCACGGACAUUGCAGCAGAGGUGAUAGGAGAGUUCUACUUGGAGAAGUCCUGCCAGGUUGCCACUCUCCGGCAACGAGUGCAAGAGUUGAGCAGCGUGCCUGUCUAUGAGCAGCACUUAAUCUGCGGCAACACGGUCUUGGGUGACGCGCUGUUUCUCAGCGAUGUGGCAUGCGGCCAUGUGCUGGAGGUCACGCUGUUGCGAGUACCCCAGCCCUGCGCGGUAACAGCGGGUUCUGAUGGCAACUUCAUGGUGUGGGACCUUCGUGAUGGUCAUUGCUGCCGUUAUCUGCCCUUCAGCAGCCCCGUGCUGUGCCUAUCAGUGGAUUGGGCCGUGCGGAUCUUGCUAACAGGCCACACAGACUGCUUUUGGAGGUUGUGGGACCUGGAUCGUGGUGCAUGCCUGCGAGAGAUGAGUGAGCCGAACACGGCACCGAGAUGUGUGGCCUUCGAUUGGGACGGCAAGAUGGCUGUGACCGGAAGCGCUGCAAUGUUCGUCUGCUGCAUGCCAGGUCCCCCCACGCCAACUUUGGCAUUGUGGGAUUUGGCGGCGGGGAGGUACAUCCAAGGCUGGUCUUCAGGAGGGAGCAUCAAGUGUCUAUCAGCAGAUUGGGCCCAGUGCCAGGUGCUGGUGGCUGGAGGUUCUUUGGAGCUCUUCGACUUCGACAAGCGGCAGCUCCAGUGGGAAGCAACUCCCCGGGAUCCAGUGCAGGCGAUGGCUGUGGAUUGGCCGUCGCAAACAGCAAUCACUGCUGGCUUGGACAGCAUCCAGGUGUGGAAACUGGAUCGCCAGGAGUGCAUCCAGGUCUUGACACACUGCGGCCACAUCCAGCAGCUGGAGAUGGACUGGCCUCGCCGAGUGUUCCUGUCUGCAGGAGUGCGCAAUGGCGAGCUCAUUUGUUGGGCCUGGGAUCUCCAGGAAUGGUGCUGCAGCAGCGAGAAGUUGAUGGGCUUCGCGCCCUCGCGCUGCGUGGCUUUGGACAUCGCCAGGGGCACGUGCCUGUACUCCUGCGAUGCCAGGGAGAACGACUUGGCGGGCGAUGAGUUGAAACUCUUUGACCUGGCCAAGGGCUGUGAAGUGAUGGAAUUGAUGGGCCAUUCUGAUCACGUGUCAGAAAUCCUGGCAGCCAAGACCAAGAUGGGGAAGGGGGCGACAGGGGCUGAUUCUGAGCUCACAAGGCUUGUGAAGCAGCACGCGCUGAAGCGCUACUGCCUGUGGGUCGCGAUGAACUACGAGGAUGAUGACAUGUGUCUGGUGUUGGAGGAUGACUGCCUGUUCUUACCAGAGUUCAGUCUUGCUUCGCUGCGAGAACGACUUGCAAAGGUGCCCGCGAACUGGCAGAUCGUGUUCCUGGGCGGCCAGGACUUGCUGCAGAAGCAGAGGCGCUUAGCUGCUGAGGGAGUGCACCGCCUGUACCGCGGCUUCCGGGGGACCACCGCCUAUGUGGUGACCGCCAGCGGCUGCAAGGCUUGCUUGGAAGUGACGGUUCCAUUGUCAUGGCAGGUGGACACCCACCUCGCUGAGAAUGAGGUGCAAGCUGGCCAGAUAACGUACACCGUGAAGCCGAGAGGCUACUUCCUGCACCCAGCGUUGGUCAGGCAAGGGCAGCCGCCGUUUCCUGCCAAAGCAGCAGGUUCCUCGCAAUGCUAG